AUGGUGCUCUACAUUGUUGGUCUUGGCCUCGGCGACGAGCAAGACGUCACCCUUCGCGGUCUCAAUGUCAUCAAAACAGCUCACAAAGUCUUUCUUGAGAACUACACGUCCAUUCUCGGCGUACAACUGGACAAACUGGCAGCUUUUUACGGCCGAGAAGUCCUUCUAGCGGACCGAGACUGUGUCGAAACGGGUGCCGAUCAGAUCUUUGCCGACGCAAAAGAUCGAGACGUCGCUUUUCUCGUAGUCGGUGACCCAUUGUGUGCGACAACACAUUCGGACCUCAUCUUACGUGCGAAAGCGCUCGAGAUCCGUGUGGAAGUGAUACACAAUGCCUCUGUCAUGGGUGCAGCUGGGGCCUGCGGGCUCCAGCUCUACUCGUUUGGACAGACGGUAUCGAUCCCUUUUUUCCGCGACGAGUGGCGGCCCGACAGCUUUUACGAAAAGAUCCAGUACAAUCGUCGCGGUGGCAUGCACACACUAUGUCUGCUGGACAUCAAGGUGAAAGAACCAGACUUUGAAGCCAUGUGCCGUGGACGCACGGUGUUUCUACCACCUCGCUUCAUGACGGUGAAUCAAGCGCUCGAGCAGCUGCUGGAGAUUGAGGAGAAGCGGCAGGAGGGAGCAUACACAAAAGACACAAUGUGUGUGGGCAUGGCCCGGCUCGGUCAGAACGACCAGAGGAUUGUUGUGGGCACCAUGGAGCAGCUGCUGACUGCUGACUUUGGCGCUCCUCUGCACUGCCUUGCCAUCACAGGCGAAGUCCACCCGCUUGAGGACGAGAUGCUGAAGCAGUUCCUCGUAAAGCCAUAG